UUUUAUAUUUUUAUGUCAAUAAUGAAAGAAUAUGAUGAAGAAUCGUCUUCUUCUGACGAUGAAAUGACGAGAGCCUUGAAAGAAGCUACAGACUCGCAGUUCCUCACAGAAUCUUUAUUCGAUAAAAAAACAAAAGAGAAAGAAGUUACAAGUGUGGAAGACAAUUAUGUGGAGAAAUAUGAUGAAUUUGGAGUGUCAGAGGGAUUCAAAGAUUACAUGGCGAAAAAACUCAUUGAACUUCUCGAUAGAAAUAUUCAAAUGGAAGAUGAAAUCACUGGUUCCAAGUCUUCACGUAAAAGAAAGAAAAUCAAACAUGAAAAAUCAGAAUCUGGCGUGAAACUUCUGAGGAGUUCUAAAAAUAUUCUCAAAGGACAUGACAUGACCUCAAAUGAGUACGAGAUAUUGGAUAAACCGAGAAAACAAACCACGACUAAUUUUACUUCCAGGGAUAAUCUCCUAAAGUGCCAAGAAUCAGCUGUCGAUCCUCAGUUUGUGCUUUCCAAAGUUGAAACAGAAUUUUGGAGUGACCGAAAAAAAGGAAUUGUGUAUGAAUACAAAAAAUUACCUGAUGGAACACUAAUAGAAAAAUAAAAAGAAUAAAA